AUGUCCCCGAUACCCAUUCUCACUCUCAACAAUGGUGUAAAAAUACCAGCCAUCGGAUUGGGAGGCGGUACUUAUCACCCUGCGGAGCGGGAGACUGCAAAGGACUGGUUUCUGACUGGAUUACAGGCUGGGUACAAGCUGGUCGAUGUAGCCCAAAUUUAUUGUACCGAGGAAGGCCUUGGAAAGGCUAUAAAGGCAUCUGGUAUCCCCCGGGAGGAGCUCUUCAUCACGACGAAGAUUCCAGCACCUAUGGCUAUCAUAACAUCGUGCCUACUUUCAGAGGGGGAGUUUUAUCCCAAGCACCCAGACGGCUCGAUCAAAGUUGCUAAAUCCCCGUCUUUCGUGGAGCUCUGGGCCGAAAUAGAGAAGCUGCUGGACACCGGAAAAGUUCGAGCAAUCGGUGUCUGCAAUUUCUCAAUCAAGAACCUCGAGAUCCUUCUCAAGUCCGCUAAAGUCGUUCCCGCCGUUAACCAGUUUGAGUUGCACCCAUAUCUCGCUCAGAAUGAGCUAAUUGAAUAUUGCAAGAGCAAGGGCAUCGCCGUCGAGGCAUAUACACCUACCGGUAACAAGGGUUGUGAAGACCAGCAUCGUGCACAUGCUCACCUUAUGUUCUUUAUUCCAGGUUAUCAGAAAGUCCUUUCCGAUCCAACUAUAACCGAGUUAGCGGGAAAGUACGGUGUUUCCUCUGCGCAGUUAGUGCUGGCUUGGCACCUCGCCCGCGGAUGUAUCGCCAUACCGAAGAGCAGCAAUGCAGAAAGACAGAAGCAAAACCUUAAUUUACCAACACUGGAUCCAUCGGACGUUGCCAAGAUUUCAGCUCUGGACAAGGGAGAGAGGAUCUGUGCCAAACUGGACGAAAACGGCACCCUUUUUGGAGCAACGGCCGAGCAGCUCGGGUGGUGA